AUGACUUCGCUUAAACGUUUUGUACUUGGAUUUCAAGAAUUUCUUACAACUCCAAGUCGUUUAUGGAGAAUGCAUUAUCAUUUAACACAGUUCACAUCUAGUCAAAUUCAUAAUACAAAAAUUCAUGAACAUCAACGUGAACGACAAAAACGUCUGCAGAUUCGGAUUCCAAGUACAGACAGAUUGGUAACAAUGGCUUCUCAAAGUGAUCAGUCUACUUCAAGUGGUGAUAAGCUGUCUGAAUCUAGCACUGAGGCAUCUGCUUCACGUCCUCAUGUAUCACAAUCCUCAUCGUCGUCAUCAUCAACUGUAGCAUCGCAGACUAAACGUCCUACAUCACCGGAUUCACAUGGUUUAUUAGAACCAUUAGCGAGAAUGUGGUUGAUAAAUGUGGGAUUAAUUUUGGUGUUAGCUGUACUAUCCUAUUUCUUCUCACUAAUCCCACUAAGUCCUUCUCUCGUAUCAUAUCUUGAGUCUUCACGUUCCUUCCUGGUCAUUCAACGAAUUUUCUCCUGUACCGUACAUAUAGCCUUACUUUUGUUUAUGGAGUUAGUAAAUCUGUUAUACUUAAAGAAAAUAUGUGAUCGUAUAACUUUAUUGUCUAUGUGUAAAGAAUAUCGUUAUAUUCAACGUACUGGAUCUCGUAGUAGUAUGAUUCUUUCAGGAUUUGCUAGUUUUUCUGGUGAUAGUUCAAAUUUCUUUAAUUCUGCAAUCGGUGGUACAAUAAUGGAUCGUUUAUAUACACUGAUUUUCUUUAUGACAUUUCAAUUACAAUGGAGUUUGUUGGCCACAUUAUCUGCUAAUUACUGGAUUGGAAAUGUUAUAAAUGCCUUCUCUGUGGCAUUCUUAUAUGCAUGUUAUGCAUUUGAAUAUCGUUGGAGGCAAGUUGCCGGUACAACAUUUGAAGGUUUUCUAGCACAGAUAGUCGACAACUGGACCUAUUUCCUUGGUUACGGUCUACCAUUGGGAUGCUCUUCCAUUAUAUUUCCACAUUUUAUUGGUUGGGGUGGUGUUAUCCUUGCUAUUGGUUAUCCCGUGUUAGUAAUUGGUGCGCUUGGUAGUCGUUGGCGUCCAUUUGACGAUAGAAUCAAUGUUAAGGACGAGUGGAAGAUAUUACGUCUUCUACGAUAUUGCCUGAUCAUCUCUUUACGACCAGCUCUUUGGGUUUCAAAUCUACUUGUACAAACUGGUGCAUGGAUUGUUUAUCAAUUUUGGCUUCGACAAAACUAUCCAACAGAAGAUGCUGGUGGUGAUCGCAGACGAUUUUAA